AUGCCGAGCGGUGCCCAUGAGAAAACUCCCUUGUUACAGAGGUGCCCAGAGCUGAGCGAGAUGCCCACCGAUCUCCACGAGGAUGCUCUGACGGGACAUCGGGAACAACUGGCCGGAACCGCUGCGGCCAGGAGUUUUGCCCACCGUGGGCGCGUCAAGUCUCAUUGGAAUUUGAGUACGAACAUCGCCGCUGAGGAUAUGAAACUAGGCUUUAAUGGCAUCGCUUCCUUCCAGAGCAAAGAGACGAGCCUUGACGGCGAAGCGUCGGAGGCCAAGCUCAUCAAGUACUCAGACGACGUGGGGACAUUCAAGGCACUCAUGUACGUCUCGGGAACCGUUCUCAUGAGCAAAGCGUUGUGGAAAAGUUGUGCGAUCUAUUGGAUCCUCGCCUCUCUUUGCGCCAUUGGUGCGUACGUCGCCCAGCAGAACAUCAUCAAGAGAGGGCAGCAGGUCCCUGAUUUUUCAGAGAGUUUCGAAACAAUGGCCAACUACUUCACCGCCCUCAUUGGCUUCAUGAUCAGCAUGUUUGUGACCACGCUGUUUGGCCGAUGGUGGGCCAUUCGGACAGAUGGCCUUGGUGGCCUAUGGGGCGCGGUCGACGAUCUCAUCGUGCUUCUCUCCAUCCAUAUGCCUUCAAGGGAUGACAGGGCAAUCAAGGAGCGCAUAUUGCGAUUGGGUCUUCUCUCUCACAGGCUUGUGUAUGCACAGGCCCAGAGCUUGGAAUCCCGAGAGCAUUUGAAGCAGCUCGUGAAUGUAGGGCUGAUGACGGUUGAGGAGUUGGAUGUCCUCGAAAAGGAGUUCUCCAAGCCACAGGCAGUUUGGGUGUGGAUUGGUCAAAUACUCCACGCUUUAGCCGCGAAGGGGAAGUUCCAAUGCAACGAUGUGAUGUUGCCCAAGUUGGACAAGCUUUGCGUCAAAGCCCGUAGCUCCAUUGGGCUCAUUUUCGCUUAUACGGAUACCCAGGUACCCUUUGCGUACGUGCACUUGUUGGUGUUGAGCAUUAUCUUCUCGAACUGCUUGAUCGCUCUCAAGUGUGGCUUGGCAAUCGGCUUUUGCUUCGGAUCGAGCCCUGGUCAGACAACGAUCGACGUUCCGAACGCGAUGAAGGUAAUUGUGCAGGUGUGCCACCUUGCCCGGGGAUCGGUGGAUUCCGUUCUUCUACCAUGCUUUCGUCCACAUCGGCUUGGAGCUUGCCAACCCACUUGGCACGGACUAUCUCUGCCUUCCUGGCUAUUCCUUCCACGUGUGGAUGAGGAACGAGAAUAUGAGCUUUAUGCGGACAGGAGAGAGGACGCCGGAAGCGUUGCUGGUUGUUUGAUGUAG